GGACAUCCCGUAGCAUGUUGCAACCGCGGGGAAAAACGAAGAGUCAAAAGUCGAUGAAAACAAAACCCAAGAAGCGAUUGAAAGGAAGGAAGGCUUCUCGACGGGAAGACGUUGUGUUUGAUCCUGGUGGUUUACCGCCUUGCGUUAGUGGUGCCGUCAGAGCCUUUCUUUCAGUGUCUGUAGAACGUAUAGUUUGGACUGCGGACGUGGACGCCCCCACACGAGUGAGAUUGAAAUGGUGGGGUCAGCAAAAUGGAGGGAACGUGUUCAGGCCUGAUGUUGUCCGUCUUCCUCACACAUCAUCAGUCGAUGAUGUUAUUGACAAUGGUGCUGACCUGCAACCUAGCAUAGCAACCUACCGUAUCAGAUCGGCAAUGCAGCAAUUUACUGCUUACUUGAGAGAUAUCCUUACACCCAAUAGGCAGCAGGAACACCAAGUAAACAAUGCAAACAAGGAUACAUCAAACUAUACGAAGUCACUCAUUUUUCCUUUACUUAUUUUACAUAUGGGACCACUCUCAUUUGACUUUCUUGGUCGCAAAUUGAAGACGAUGUUUGCAAAGGCUGUUGUGUCUGAUGUUGUCCAACUUGCACAUCUGAGUCGCUAUCCGAUUACAUCUCUUGACGGUUCGAGUCAAUUUGGAGUAAUAGAUAUUUCGUUUUCUUUGAAAGAUUGCUCUGCUGUUGAGACUGGUCAAUAUGGUCUGGAUGAGGUGGUCGUUAGAGAACCUCCUGUAACACAGUCACUUGAUCAUAUAAAUUCUGUGAUAACUACUGCUGUUAGUGGGACAACUGCCACUCCUCCAACGUACUUAAAUAGACCACCAAAGAGUGUUGUUUUGGAUGUCACCAAUGAACCAGAACGUCUGAAUACGACAAGCCAACAACCAUUAGACCAACAACAAUCACAAGAUUUAGUAGAACGUGGCAAUGCAAACGAUUCUAAUGAUCUUUUGUCUUUUUUGAUUGAACGAGGUCAGCAUCUUAGAGAUGAUAUGAUUCUUUUCAAUGUGAGCCAUGCUCGUACAACACAGAAACACUUUGAAAACACAGAAUCAGUCAGUCUUUUACCCAAAGUUAAUUUUGAUGCAAGCGCUCUGCUAUCUGUCGACAGCACGGUGGUUUCUAAUGUUGAAAUGGAGAUGGCUGGGAGAGACAUUCAACAGAGAAGGGAGUGGUCUCAUUUGGAGAACAUUGCAUUGGAGAUGGCCGGUGAUGAGUAUGUGUUGUCCGAUGAAAGCAAUGAGCUGGGAACGAGAGCUGUGAGUGAUCAUGAUGAUCCCCUACAUGAUGAGUCAUUGCUGGAAGAUCUUUUUUAUCCGGCUACUAAGAAAAAGCCUUACUCAGUAGCCGACAUCAUCUCUGAUGAUAGCAGUGAUUCUCAAUUGUCAGAACAUGAACAGGUUGAGCUAGAAGACAACGUUGCACAGACAACAUGUCCUGAAAUUAUAUCAACUCAACCAGUUGAACUUCCUCUUCAUAUUGAUGAGACAAAAGACUCGCCAGAGACAGCUAUUGACGUCAAACUUUCAGAACAACAAAUAGAGAAGAGUGCUUCCAGAAUGCCCGAACUCCAGGGCUCUGGAACACUUGGGUCAGGGACGUCAUUGACCGAGAUAUUGGAUGCUGAAUUGCUUACGUUGUUAGGACGUGUAGAUAUUGCUAAGGUGAAAAUAAGCUGCCUUACACUUCGAAGACUCGAGGAAGAGAGAAGGACCCAACAGAAAGCAAAACCAAGGAAUUUCUAUAUUGAGUACAAGUUUCCUGUUGCUGCACCCUCACAGGAUAAGUCUUUGUCAAAAGCAACAGAAGUCGUGCGAAUGGUUUCUCGCCACGUCAAUGACGAUAGUAAAGAUUAUGUUGCAACAUUCAAUAAUCACUCAGUAUUUCCUGUUUUGUUCAACACUGCAACUAUCAAUCAUUGGCUACAACUCACUGUUGUAUUCACAGUGUAUGGUCAGUCUACAGAAGGAAGAAGGCCUGAAAGAGUUGGUUUGGCACUUUUCACGCUAAAAGAUCUGCUCACUUCAGAGAGGUUUACCAUCAACUGUCAACUACCUGUACUGAAAUGCUAUCCUGGUGACACUGCAACAAGUACUAAAGAUGAAAAGAGGACUGUUAUUGGGCGUCUAGAGUUGACACUUGAACUUGCAUCCUGUAACAAACGAUGGCAGAUGGCUAACAGAACAAUGUGGGAGACUCGUCUGGCAUCUAAAGCAAUUGCCAUCCAGCAAGACCAACUUGCCAGACAUGGAAAUGGCAGCAAGAAAACCUCCGUUGCCGCUAGAGUGGAAAAUUCUGCUUGUUUAACAGAUGACAGCGGAGCUCUUGGCAGUGCAGAGUCUAGUGGUGAUGAGACAUCAGCACCAGUUAAUUUACUUUUACUAAUUGGCAAAACGAAGUUUGCGAGACAAGUGUCAUCAAUUGCUCUUGCUGUCAACCCAUUUUUGUUGUGUCGAUCAAGUCUUUGGAAAGGGCCAGUUAAGUCAAGAGUGUCAUGGAACAACAAUAGUCCACACUUCUCAUUCAGACAUGGACAUCCUGCAAUCCUGAAUCGACACUUUGUUUACGCUCUUCGAAACGGCAUCAUUGUAGUAGAAAUGUGGUCAAGACAUGGCACUGAAAAGGAUGAAUUACUGGGCUUGUUGAAGCUUUCACUGAAUCACUUCUAUGCUUCAUAUCAUGAUCCCCAAGUAGCAAAGGCAUUUCUUAGAGCAAAGUAUCCGGUCAUUGGUAUUGAUGGUUGGUGUCCAGUCAUAAAUCCUGUAACUGGUCAGCAGUGUUGUAUGUUGGACAUUCUUCUCUCGAUUGGAUCAUAUGAGCAGCUUCAUCGUUUGGAGCAACAGCGAUGCACACAAACAGAAACUUCGUCUGAAGAAGACCGACAAGUUUCUGCUAUUGUCAAUACUGAAUCUGUUGACACUGACGAGGGCUACAAGUAUGUGGAACAUCAUAUUACUUUUGCAAUAGACAGUCUCUCAUAUGCAACGUCCAGCUCUGUCUAUGGAGAAACCGACUGCUAUGUGCAGUACAAUUUUCCUAAAGAUGUACAGUCAGAAGAUCUAGAAGUGAGGUUUCAGUCACAUCGCUCUUCAACAUUGCUAUCAACACCGGAAAUGAAAAUUGAUGCCAAUUUUCAACACAAAUUUGUGUUGCCUGGUGAUAAAACGUUGCAGCAGUUUCUACAAAAAGCAUUUGUAACUUCACCGAUCACUGCUACUGAUGGUAAUAUCGUGUUUGAAGUCUGGAGGAGGCACUAUGUUCCCAAUGUAAGAGAUCAGCUUGUGGCAAAGGCUAAUCUGCCACUUGUAAAGCUGCUCUCUAUAAUAACCAUGCACAAAGCCGAUGCUAGAACAAGUAAUCAGCAUUUCAUACUGCCUUUAUUGAUGGUAGCAAGGUCCACUAAUACAGAGGCAAGCGAUGUUAAGGCAUCUGGAACUCUCACUUUGUCUGUUUCCUAUGCACACUCUUUAGUCAGAGAUCAGAUGAUUGCAACAAGGAGAACUACUCACUCGCGUUCUGUACACAUUCUUGUCAGUAUUUUACGAGCCACUGGUCUUAAGUCAGCUGCUGUGACUGCGUCACAAGCUAGUGACAACUCUGAGCUGUCAUUUGGUGCAGGGUUGAACACGUAUGUCACCUGUUUUCUGUUGCAACAAGAAAAGCGAACGUCAACAGUUAUUGCAAAAAGUUUUCAUCCCGAGUUCUCUUACCACAUGGAGUAUUCACUCCCAUUCUACAUGGAGCCUUCUAGGUCGUGGCCAAUUGAAAAUGCUCCAUCACUUGCUGAACAGUUGAUUGAUGGAGUUGCUAUAUUUGAGGUUUACCAUCGGCCACUUUCGUCAUUAGUGACUCGUGCUCCUCCUGGUGGCUCUUCACAUGUGCCUGAUGUGUUGAUUGGCACAGUUAAAGUGGGACUUCUAGGCCUUUUGUUAUGUCCUUCUGGCAUCGAGAGGUACUUUCCUAUUGUAUUCCGGCGUAGACGUAAGCCAACAAGCCAACAGGCAGACAUUGAUUUAUCGACUGUGGUUGGUGGCAUGGAAGUGUCUCUUAGUUUUGCUAAUAUAUCAGAUAGAGAGACCCUUCUAGACGUUCUUGGGUCUGUUAUUAAAGGAGAUCCAUUCUUGUCUGUAUUAUAUAACCUCAGUGCUGCAAGCACUGUAUUUUUGCAGCAAGAUGAGGACGUUGCUGAGAACCAUGUUGUGGUGGAAGUAAAGCAUCUCCAGAUUCCAUUGUUUCUUCUUCCAUCCCACUUUAUUGGAGAUGUGGAUAUGUGGAUUCAGUUCAGUAUUGAUGGUCAAGUUGACAGGAUUCAGCUUGAAAAAAUGACUGUAGAUGGUAGCAAGGAUUUGCUGACUUGGAAUAUUGCUUGCGGACGAAAGUUGACAUUUAGAAAUUUUUCUGCUUGGCAGAGGUUUGUUACAAGAGGACAUCUGGAUCUUCAUGUUAGAUGUCGUCUUAGUGAUAGACAUGACUCAAAUGAAAGACACAUAGGAACAGCAUUUGUUAGUCUAUCUGAUCUUGUCAGGCAUGGUACUGUCAGCGGAGAAUUAGCACUGUUCAAAGCUGGAGCAGACAAUCUAUAUAAUGCCGGAAUGAUGGUUGAGAUCAGUUGGGAAAAAGGAUCAUCGCUGACAUCUGAAGAAGCAGAUAGCAUUGUAUCAGACUCUGUCAAGACAUCAGAAGAUUUGUCUUUGUCACGUCAUCCUAAUCUGGGUUUGCAGUCACAAGAAUUGAAACCACUGCUUUCAGCAGUAGCAGUUGGACAAUCUGAAGAAAUGGCUGUUAUUGAGAACAACAAUGGAAUCUAUGGAGGAGAGCGCAUGGCUUCUUUUGUUGAUGAGCAGUCUUUCACUGCAUUACUGGAGAUCAAAAAUGCAUUGCAUGUUGAUACAUCUUGGUUGUGUGGAGCUCAACGAGUUUGUGUGCAUUGCCGUGUUAGUAGAGAUGUGACUGUAACUACAAUUGGCGUACCUAUACAACAGCACAUGACUUGGGAACAGAAAUUCAAUGUGCCGGUUCCUCUAACUUUGAUAGCACCACGAGGAGAUCCACUCUUGCUGCAGGUUCAAGUGCUCUCGGAAGAGACCAGAACUGGUCUUGGUGAAUUGCUUGGAACUGUUAACAUCGAUUUAACGCCAAUUGGUUGUGGCAUGCCUGGUGUCUGUGGAUGGUAUAAUAUUGUUGAUAAAGCUGGCUGUUGUCUAGGCCAACUUCAGGUCAAUGUGGAGGCUUUGUCUCAUGCAAAGAACAUUGUCUCAAGUAGACAGGGAGAUUUUCUUACAUCACAAAGUUUGUGUGGCAUAGACGGACAGAGACAAGACACCAACAAUGAGUCUGACUACAUAGGACGGUUAUGGACUGAACUGAGAGAUCAGAUGGCUGAGCUAGAUGAAUUGCAAAGGCAACUGCUGGGAAAGAUACAUAGCACUCAUCAGGACAAUGUGGUAGUGGAUUGUGAGUCAUCUGUGGAGUCUACUGGCUCUAAUGUGCUCAGUCUUAAUAAGCCUGCUAGUGAAAUGACCAUUCCAGUUAGUUUUGUUGACUCCAAAUCUCUUGACAGUCACCAAAAUGUUGUUGUAUUGGACAAUGUCAGAGAAGGCACUGAACAUGUCUCUCCACUUGAAACCGUGCAAUUUGUUGCAAACAGUACAUCAACAGUCACAGAACAAACAAGAGAACAUUCUGUGUUUAGUGAUACUUCAUCUAUCCACAGCAGUCUUAGUGCUAGUGAUGUGGAUCAGGAAAAUGAUUUGACUCUUGUGACAAGCAUGGAGGUACCAGUGUCUGAACCGACUUCUGUUCGAUAUGCUAUAGCUGCAACAGACACCAUGACUGAGGUAGAUGCAGCACCAGGUCUAGCAUCAUCACCAGCAAAUGUAGACAACAAUGAAGACAGUGUCAGACCUCUUUGCUCUGUAGCUGAACAUGAAACAACGUUUGAUGAACUUGUCAAUACAGGGCCUGUCUGUAAUGCAGUUGCCAAUAUGCCAAAUACUCGUGUUUCUGAAAGUGUAAAGUUGUAUGUGGAUCCUUCUCAUGUUGUCACAGACUGUGAAGAUUCAAUUCUAAAGACUGGACAGGAAGAGCUGGAACCAGAAGUUGUUACUGCUUCUAAUUAUAGCAGUAGUAGUUCUGAGUCUGAAGUGGAGGCACAUUUACAGGAAGCUCAGCCUGUUGAGGAGUAUGAGCAGAACCUUGACCAAGAGAACCUUGACCAAGGAGUAGUAGAGGCAAUAGAUCAUGCUCAAAACGACAGUGAAAAUGAAACAGAUCAUGAGAAUGGGAUUCUUGAGCAUCAGUUUCCAGAACAUACUGAUCAAAGAACUACACUUACACAACCCAAUAAUUCCAAAUUAUCAGAGUGUGGGAGUAAACCAAGACUGGAUGUCUCUGCGCAGCGAAUUUCUUCGAACAUUCCUUUGUUUUUUAUGCCUGUCAGCCAGUUAGAACAGUCUAUGCGAGAAGUGAAAUCUCAGAUCAAUCAACUUCAAACAGAGUUGCCACGUCAACAAGAAGAACGUGCUUCACAUCGACACCAGAUGUUUGGGACAGGAUCUCUGGCCAAGUUCUAA